AUGAAAGAGAGGAAGAAGUUUUCAAAAUUGAAAGGAAGUAAGAACAGCCUAAUUGAAAAUGAUAAUUUUUGUUUAAAUAAUAAUAUGAAUAAUUUAUAUGGGUCAAAUGAUAAUAACAAAAAUUUGGAAGAAGAAAAAGAAGAGAGAGAGAUAAUAUUUACUUCUAGGAAUAACGAUUGUUUAGUAGAAGUAGACUAUAAUAACAUGAUGAAUAAUAUGAAUAAGUAUGAAAAUACGAUAUUGAAUAAUAACCAUAAUAAUAAUAAUAAUAAUAGGUGUAAUAAUUUUCCUAAUUAUGAUCAGAUUAUUUAUAAUAAUAAUGUUUUAAAUAAUGGUCCUGUGAAUAAUAUGAUGAAUAAUAAUAUGAUGAAUAAUGAUAUGAUGAAUAAUGAAAUGAUGAAUAAUGAUAUGAUGAACAAUGAUAUGAUGAAUAAUGAUAUGAUGAAUAAUGAUAUGAUGAAUAAUGAUAUGAUGAAUAAUGAUAUGAUAAAUAAUGAUAUGAUGAACAGUAAUAUGAUGAACAAUAAUAUGAUGAACAAUAAUAUUAUGAACACGAGUAAUUUUUCAGAGUUAACAAAUUAUUCAACCAGUAAUCAAGAACCUUUUAUUCAAACACAAAAUAUGUAUUUAAAGGACGCUAAUAACAAUUUAAACAAUUGUUAUGUUAAUACAAGUAUGUGUGAUAGUAUAUGUAGUAACAUGUCUAAUAAUGUUAAUAAUAACAUGGUUGACAACAUUACACUUGAUCAUUCUUGUAUGAGCAACAAUAGUAAUGAUCAUAAUAAUAAUAAUAAUUGUAACUAUUAUAAUAAUAAUAAUAAUAAUGAUUAUAGUAAUAAUUAUUAUAAUAAUGUAAAAGUACAAGAAGACCAAAAACAAGGGAAAAUAGGAAAUGGUAAAAUAUCUAAUAUGGAAAAUAUAUUCAAUAUAAAUGAACAUAAUAAUAUAUAUGGUGAGAGAAUAAAUUCAAUAAAUAAUGUAAACAAUACAAAUAACUUUAAAUAUAAUAAUUAUGUAAAUAUGGUUAAUAAUGAUGAUAAUAAUAAUAAUAAUAAUAAUGAGAAUUAUCAAAAUAUGAAAAAUGCAAAUUUUAAAACUGUAACAAAUAUGAAAUAUUCUGAAAAUUUAUUAAAUGAUUCAAAUGAUAUUAAUGUUGUAAAAAAUGACGUAUCCCUAUUUAAUCAUACACACGAAAUGGUAUCUAAUCCAUAUAAUAAUAAUAAUAAUAAUAAUUGUGGUAGUAGUAAUAAUAUGAAUCAUAAUAAUUCAGUGGUAGAAAAUAUAUCCUCUUUCGAUAAUGAAAAUCAUACUACUAUAUAUCCACACAAAAAUAAAAAAGAAAAUUAUAAUAAUCCCAAUGAUAAUAAUAAUAAUAAUAAUAACAAACAAGUAUGCAAUUUUAAUAAUCCCAGUUAUAAUUUUCCUGACCAAAAUCAUUUUAAUUGUGAUUUAUCCAAUAAUAAUAAUUAUGAUCUUUUAACAAAUAACUAUAAUAGUAAUGUGAAUAACGAAUCAUAUAAUGUAAGCACAUGCAAUAAUAAUAAUCCUAAUAAUGAUUUUAAUCAUACUAAUACUACUACUACUAAUAAUAAUAAUAAUAAUAAUUAUAAUAUACAUAAUAUAAAUAUAAAAGAUAUUAAUGUGAAUAUAAAAUUAGAAAAUUAUUUUAACGAGGUAUUAAAUAAUAAUAAUAAUAAUAAGGAAUAUAUAAAUAAUACUUAUAUGAAUAAACACAUUGAAACACAAAAUAUGAAUAUUCAUUUAAAUAAUAAUAUGAAAUCUUUAAAUAUAGAUAAUAAUCAUGAGCAUAUAAAUUUUCCUAUGAUUGAUACACAACCAAAUCCACCACAUAUAUUUAAUAACAUAUUAAAUAAUAAUAAUAAUAGUAAUAAUUUUGAAUCAGAUAAUGUUAUACCUAACAUAAAAAAUAUUACUAGAAAUAAUAUAACUGAUGAUUCGUCUGUUAUGAGAAAUUUAUUAAAUAAUAAUCAAGUGGAUCAUCAAUUAGUAAAUAAUAAUUAUGUUAAUAAUGAUAUUAGAAAAAUUGAUAGAGAAGGAAAUGUUAAUCUUCAAAAUAUGCAUAAAACAAUGAGUGUUGUAACAAAUGGUGUUACUAAUACUGUAACGUCAUCCCUAGGAAAUGUCUUGGCAAAUAUAAAAACACCAUCUCAACAUAUGAAUAAUAUGAGUUAUUUAGGAAAUAUGAAUAAAUAUAUGAAUAAAAAUGAUGAACAUCUAUCUUUUAAUAAAGAAGAUAAUAUCAUAGGUAAUAAUAAUAAUAAUAAUAAUGAUGAACAUAAAAGAGACCAUAAUAUUAAUAGUAAUGAUAAUAAUAAUGAUGAUUGUGGUAAUAAUAAUAAUAUGAAUCAUCAUAACAAGAAUAACAAAAUAAAUAACAAUUUUAAUAAUGAUUGGAUAAGAAAAUUAAAAAAUUUUGGUGCCUCCUCAGAUAAUGAAGACGAAAAUGACGAGUUACCUAUUAAUGCUAAUCAUAAUUAUUAUAUUAAUAAUUUUUUAUUAAAUCAACGUUUUAAUUUUAAUAAAAAUGAUAAUAUAAGAGAUCAUAAUAAUAAUAAUAAUAAUAAUAAUAAUAAACCGUCUGCUAUAAAUUUCAUGUCGGAAGACAACAACAAUAAUAAUAAUAAUAACAAUAAUAAUAACAAUAGUAAUGAUAAUAAUAUGGAUACUGCUAUGAACAGCUUGAAUAUGCUCAUCCUACCAAAAAUUAAAGGAGUUCGUUUUGAUAAAUCUGGAAGAAGAUGGGUAGCUAGCUGGAGCCAAAACGGAAAUCAAAAGAGACAAUAUUUCCCUGUUAAGAAAUUUGGUCAGGCACAAGCCAAAUAUUUAGCUAUUUAUGCAAGAAUACAAGCUGUUAAUUGCUUACAAAGGAAACCACAUAAACCUAGGAUGCCCAAAAGAUUAAAUGAAAAAAGAAAAGGAUUAUUAAAUAUGGAAGGAAAAGAAAAAAAUGAACUUGAUAAUAAUGAGUCUAAUAAUAAUGAAAAUAAUUAUAUUAGUCAGAAUGGUGAAGAAGAUGAAGGUGGUGAAGAUGAUGAUGUAGAUGACGAUGUAGAUAACGAUGUAGAUGACGAUGCAGAUGACAAUAUUGAAGAUACUUAUAACGAUUAUGAAAAUUGUGAAGAUGAGGGAAAUUAUGUUCAUAUUGAUAAUAAUGAUGAUGAACAUUACGAUAUUACUAAUAAUGAUAUUAAUAAUGAUAAUUAUAAAAACAUCAAUCAACAGCGUUGUGAUAAUGAAUAUGUAGAAAUUUUAAAUAAUGAGACUCAAAAUAUAAAGAAGAAGAUAUGCACAGAUAUAAAAGAUGAAUAUAUGAAAAGUAUAACAAAUAAUAAUACACAAACAAAACACCAAGAUAUAUCAAAUGAGGCUACAAAUAUAAUAAACACAAAUAAUGUAACUCAUAGUAACCAUAUUGUAAAUGAUAAUGCAUGUCAUGUAGUGUCUAGUAAUCAUUUGAAAAAUAUUACAGACGAUGAAAAAAAUGUUACAAUAAAUAACAUCGAUCAAAAAAAGAAUCAGAGCAAUGAAUUUUUAAGGGAACGAAAAAACAAAAGAAUGCACAAUAAUGAUAACAACCCUUAUGAUAACAGUUUUAAAAGAACGUCAGUUGAUUAUAAUCAACAAUUAAAUAAAUCAUCUGAUGAAGAAAAGGAGAUGUCUCAAAUAAAUUCUUUAAAAUAUAAAUGUGAAGAAGAAAACGAUCAAAAUGGUGAUAAGCAUGAAAGCAAAGUUCUUGAACAUGAUACAAACAAAUGUGAAAUAAUAUUUAUAAAUUUAGAAAGUACUAAACAGAAUGAAAACCUAAAAGAUUUAUCUUUAAAUAAUAAUAAUAUAUAUAAUGUGGACAAUAUAGAUAAUGUUUUAUUAGAUGAAAUAUUACGAGUACAAAAUGCAUGUAGAAAAAGAAAAAAUAAAGAAAUAAAAUUAAUUUUAUUAAGUGAAGAAAAUAAAAUAAGAUUGCAUUUUGAUGAAAAGGAUGAAAUUAAUUAUAAGAAUGAUAUUGAUACAAUAAAAAAACUAGACGUUCAUAAAAAAAAUUUAUUACUUGAUAAAUUAAAGGAUUAUUAUAAUAAUCAUACAUUUUUAAUAGAACAAGAAUAUAAUGAAUUUACCAUGUCUCAAAUUAAUGAUGAAGAUACAAAAAGCAUUAAGGAAGAUGAUAUUAUAGAUUUUUAUGAUUGCCAAGAUGAUUAUAAUAAUAGAAAUGUGAAUGAAAAAAUUACAGAACAUGAUGCAAAAGAUAUAAUAAUAGAUGAAGAAAUAAAAAAUUCUAAAAAACAAACUAUUUGUGAUAAUGUAAAUAAAGAUGAAUUAAAUGAAACUAUGAUACAUAAUGAAUUAUUUCAUUCUAUUGAAUUGGAUAUCAAUGAGGAUGAUAAAAAGGAAGGGAACAAAUUAUUUACAAAAGAUAACCUAAAAAAAAAGGAAGAAAUAGAAGAUAAAGAAAAUAAUGAAUUCUUAGUAAAGGAACAUUAUUCUAUUGAAAAAAGUACUGAGAAUAAUGUAGAAGAAGUUUCUAUAACACAAAAUAUUGAAAUAACCAAUUCGUAUGGUACUGAGGAUUCUUUAAAUGUAAAUAAUUUAGAAAAUAAUAAAAAAGACGAUCGAAAAAAGAAUAUUACAAAUAAUAGUAAUAAUAAUAAUAAUAAUAAUAAAAAUAAUGAUGGUGAUAAAGGUAGUUAUAAUUCAAAUAAUGCUAUGCAAAAAAAUCGUAGAAGAUUUGAAUAUAUGAAAAAACUAGAUAAUAUGAAGAAAAGACAAAAUAAUUUAGAUAUCAUGAGACAUGUACAAAAUUAUCAUAUUAAUAAUAGUAAAGUAAAUAAAAAAAAAAAAGUUUUAAAAAAUGCAUUAAAUCCUAUUAAAAGUAGAGUUAUAAAUGAUGAUAAUGAUGAUGAUACAAAUAAUAAUUUAUGUCCAUCAGAUGUAUCAAAUAACAAUAUGAUAGAUAAUGAUUUAUCAUUAAAUAUGAAUUUUUCUGAUAAGGAUAAAAAGUCAUACCCUUUUAAAGGGGCUAAAAAUAAAUUAUCCUUUUUAUAUAAUAAGAAUAGUAUAAAUAAUAUUAAAAAUAGUAUGUUAUUAUUAAAUGAUAUCAAGAGGAUAGUAGAUUCAGGGGCGAAUAAUUCAAUCCUUAAUAAUUCCAAUUUAUUAAAUAUGGAAGAUACAAAUGGGGUCUCAAAAAAAGGUUCUUCCUUUUUAAAACAAGGAAAUAAUAAGAAAAAAGAAAAUGAUGAAUUAAAAGGAAGUAGCAACAUAAAUAAUAAUAAUAAUAAUAAUAGUAGUAGUAGUAGUUGUAAUAAUACAAAUUUGAAGGGAAAUCUUACUGGAGAGAAAAAAACCUGCAUGAAAAGUUAUUUGGUGAAUAGCAAUAAAAUCGAAAAAUUUAUUCAAAAUAAUAUGAUUGAUGGAUAUCUUAAUAAGAAAUCAUCCAUUUUUAAUAUAAAUAAUGAAGACGAAAAUGAGACAGGAAAUAAUUUUAUGAAAUAUAAUUCUAGUGAACAUAAUAAAAAAAAUAAUGUAGAUAUAUUAAACGGAGAAAAUAAUAUAAAAUUGUGUGGUUUAGAUAGGUUCCAUAAAAAUGAUUUGAUAAAAAAUAAAAAUGCUAAUAAAAAUAAAAUGAAAACAAUAUUUAGUAAGAAAAUAGGUUCUAAUGAAAAUGAGAAAAAUCAUAAGAAUCUAAUUGAAGAUGAAUAUAAAGUAGUAUCUGUUCAACAAAAUGAAAUGAUAGAUACAGAUCAAAAUUAUUUUACAAAUGUUGAUGAAACAAAUGUGGAACAAAUUAAUAGUACAAUAUUUUAUAAUAAUAACAAUAAUAAUAAUAAUAAUAAUAACAGUGGUAACUUACAGUUUACACUUACUAAUCAAAAUGAGAUGAAUUUAUUUGAAGGGAAAAGAAAUAAUUUUGUCAACCCUUUUAUAAAAAAUAUAAUAAACAAGGAUUAUGAACAAAACUUUAUAAAUGAAUAUAACAAUAAUGUUAAUGAUAAUAAUAAUAAUAAUAAUAAUAAUUGCAAUAUACUUAAUCAUAAUAUGAACCCAAUUAACGAAGAAGAAAAUAUAAAUUAUAAUAAUAGUAUUGAAUAUAAACCACAUGAUCCAAAUAUAUCAAAUAUAUCAAAUAAUAGUGAAAAAACUACAUCCUCAUAUAUAUAUUCUACAAAUGAUAAUAAUUAUAAUUCCACAUUUCAUAUGGAUAAAAUGACCUAUGAUAACCAUAAGAAUAUAAUGCAUAAUAAGAACUGCGAUAAAAAUAUUAUUAUUGGCAACCAUAAUAUGAAUAAUUCAAAUAAUAGUUGUGUACUUAAUAAUAUAAGGAAAGAUAUAACUAUUAUGAAUAACGAAAGAGCAAGGAAUAGUAGUAAUUUUGUUUUACAAACAAAUAUGGAAAAUAUAGAUAAUAUAGAUAAUAUGGAUAAUAUAGAUAAUAUAAAUAAUAACAUAAUUGAUAUCAGAAACAACAAUUCUAUGGAUAUAUUAUCUAAUAAUGAGGAAUAUAUUUCUUCUCCUAUGACAAACAAUUUAUCUUAUAAUGAUAUGGUUAAUAAUAAUGUAAUGUGUGAAUAUAUAAAAAAUGAUGAUAUGAAUGAUAUAGAUAAUAUGUAUAAUAUGAAUAAUAUGGAUAAUAUGAAUGAUACAGAUAAUAUGAAUAAUAUGAAUCAAAUGAAUCAUAUCAAUCAUGUCAAUCAUGUCAAUCAUAUGAAUAACAUAAGUGAUGAAAAUAUAAACCUUAUAAAUAUGGAAAACAUACAAACCGAAUUAACAUCAUCAAACAAUAACGAAUUAAACAAUAUUUAUUCAAACGAAUAUAUAAAUAAUUGUGUUAAUACAUAUUCUAAUAAUUAUUCAAAUGAAUGUAAUAAUAAUUUUACAAAUAAUUAUAAAAACAAUUUUAAUAAUAUAUAUUCAAAUUCUUUCACACAUAACCAUCACAGUGAUUAUAAUAACGAGAUAUUACAUAUGAACCUUAUACAAAAUAAUGGAGUAGUUGAUAAAAUGAGAAAUAUGGAUAAUUAUAGUUCAUAUAAUGAUUGUUAUAAUAAUAAAGAAGAAAAUCAACAGAGAAAUAAUUUAAGACAAAAUUAUAAUACAAAUAAUGUAAAUAAUAAUAUAUACAAACCUAUCUAUAUGUAA